UCACUCUUUUCUGCCUUUGAUUGUGUCAGAUUUUUUUGUGUGUGUGGCAAUUGUUUUCUUUCUCGCUUAGAAGAGGUUUAUGGUCCAGUGUCUGUCAAGUCAGACCCUGUCUUAAGGUUGCAGUUGUAUUUCUCUCGAGUUCCUAGAGGUGAUGUUAUCUUUUGUUCACUCAGCAGUGUGGUCAUUCCUGGGAGCAUCUGUCACUUUAGGCAUUACAAGAUGGAUGGGUCUCCAGUGAACUGCUGGUUGAGGCAAAUGGUGAAAAUAAGAAAAGACAAGGGGUUUCAGGGUCUGCAGAGAGGACAGACAACAAGGAAAUACAGCUAGAAAUCAAGAGUAAGCUGAGCAAUAGAGGAAGAGAGAGCAAAGAUGGAUCGUGUGUCCUUUUAUAAACAUCUUGGAAAUCAGAGUCUUGGGGUGGCUGCCGUGAUCUGAAGGGGACAUCUGCGACAUGGUACAAAAAAGCUUUAAUCAAGUAAAAUCUAGGCAACAGGCUCCCUGAAGUGUUGACAGCCCAACUAAAUCAGGAACAUGGUUCAAAAAUGUUAAUAAAUAAACCAAGACCAUGGGGAAUUCAUAUGCUGGGCAGCUAAAAUCUGCUCGAUUUGAAGAAGCUCUCCACAACUCCAUUGAAGCCUCUCUGAGAUGUAGUAGUGUGGUACCACGACCAAUUUUUUCCCAGCUGUACCUGGAUCCUGACCAGCAUCCUUUCUCCUCUGCAGAUGUAAAACCCAAGGUGGAGGAUCUGGAUAAAGACUUGGUACACCGAUACACCCAAAAUGGAAGCCUGGAUUUUUCUAACAACCUCACAGUAAAUGAAAUGGAAGAUGAUGAAGAUGAUGAAGACAUGUCAGAUUCAAAUAGCCCACCAAUUCCCUAUUCACAGAAACCUGCUCCUGAAGGGUCUUGCACUACAGACGGUUUUUGUCAAGCAGGAAAGGAUUUGCGUUUGGUAUCUCUGUGUAUGGAACAGAUUGACAUCCCAGCAGGAUUCCUCCUGGUGGGGGCCAAGUCUCCCAACCUUCCUGAACACAUCCUAGUGUGCGCUGUAGACAAGCGAUUCCUACCAGAUGAUCAUGGGAAAAAUGCACUUUUAGGGUUUUCUGGAAACUGUAUCGGCUGUGGAGAAAGAGGAUUUCGGUAUUUCACGGAAUUUUCCAACCACAUAAACUUGAAGCUCACCACCCAGCCAAAGAAGCAGAAGCACUUAAAAUACUACCUAGUCAGAAGCUCCCAGGGUGUACUGUCGAAGGGGCCUCUUAUCUGCUGGAAAGAAUGUAGAAGCCGACAAUCCUCUACCACUUGCCACUCCAUUAAACCAAACUCUUCAGUGUCAUCAACUGUGACCCCAGAAAACGGCACAACAAAUGGAUACAAAUCAGGAUUCAUUCAGACAGAUGCUGCUAAUGGAAACAGCAGCCAUGGAGGGAAGAGCAGUGCGUCUGGCUCCACGCCCGCCCGCCCAGGGAAUUAUUCCUUGUCACCAAGACCUAGCUUCGCCUCGGGAGACCAAGCUACCAUGUUCAUUUCUGGGCCACCAAAGAAGCGACACCGGGGAUGGUAUCCUGGGUCACCCAUCCCCCAGCCUGGUUUAGUUGUGCCUAUUCCUACAGUUCGCCCUCUUUCAAGAACUGAGUCCCUUUUAUCUACCCCAGUUCCACAGACCCCAUUAACUGGAAUUUUACAACCUCGACCCAUUCCUGCAGGGGAAACUGUAAUUGUUCCUGAAAAUCUGCUGAGUAACUCAGGAGUUAGACCAGUUAUCCUGAUAGGCUAUGGCACUUUACCCUAUUUCUAUGGAAAUGUUGGUGAUAUUGCUGUCAGCCCUCUGCUGGUGAACUGCUACAAAAUUCCGCAGUUGGAAAACAAGGAUCUGGAACAAUUAGGGUUGACCGGCAGCCAACUCCUGAGCGUGGAAAACAUGAUUCUUCUGACAAUACAGUAUCUCGUACGGCUGGGUCCUGAUCAGAUACCUCUCAGGGAAGAAUUUGAACAAAUUAUGCUGAAAGCUAUGCAGGAAUUUACUCUGAGAGAGCGAGCCCUGCAGAUGGGUGCUCAGUGCACAUCAGUGUCACCAGGACAACUCCCCUGGCUGGCUAGAUUAAUUGCCAGCGUGUCUCAAGACUUGGUUCAUGUGAUUGUGACCCAGAACUCUCUGGCAGAGGGCAUUUCAGAGACUUUGAGGACGCUCAGUGAAAUGAGGCACUAUCAAAAACUACCGGAUUAUGUGGUAACCAUUUGUGCUUCGAAAAUCAGAGGAAAUGAGUUUUGUGUGGUCGUAUUAGGUCAGCACCAGUCCAGGGCUCUGGCAGAGAGCAUGCUCACCACAAGUGAGUUUUUGAAAGAAAUUAGUUAUGAACUCAUCACGGGAAAGGUCAGUUUCCUGGCAUCGCAUUUCAAAACCACAUCGUUAGGUGAUGACCUAGACAAGCUGCUAGACAAAAUGCAACAGAGACGAGGAGAUAGUGUGGUGACCCCUUUCAACGGAGACCUGAACGAAUACGUGUCGCCUCAGGAGGCCGCUGCUAUGAUCCCCACGCAGAACCUGGAUUUAGGGAAUGAAACCUUCCAGAUUUAUCAGCCGCAGCUCACAGUUGCCAGAAAACUCUUGUCCCAGGUGUGUGCUAUUGCGGACAGCGGCAGCCAGAGCCUGGACCUUGGCCACUUCAGCAAAGUGGAUUUCAUCAUCAUUGUCCCAAGGUCAGAAGUCCUGGUGCAGCAAACUCUUCAACGGAUUCGACAAUCAGGUGUCCUUGUAGACUUGGGUCUGGAGGAAAAUGGGACAGCCUAUCAGAGAGCAGAGAAAUAUGUUGUUCGUCUAGACAAUGAGAUACAAACCAAGUUUGAAGUUUUUAUGAGAAGGGUGAAACAGAACCCGUACACGCUGUUUGUGCUAGUUCAUGACAACUCCCAUGUGGAACUAACGAGCGUCAUGUCGGGCUCUUUGUCACAUGGUGAGCCCAGCCAUGGACUGGCUGACAGGGUCAUUAACGGCAGAGAGGUUCUGGAAGCUUUCAACCUCCUGGUGCUCCAGGUCACCUCCUGUCCAUACACCCUGCAGACCCAACAGUCCCGAAUCAGCACCAGCAACGAGGUACACUGGAUACAGCUGGACAGCACAGAGGACAUGAGCUGCGAGGAGAAGCUGUACUUCGGCCUGAACGAGUACAGUAAAUCUCUGCAAUGGGGAAUCACGAGCCCCCUUCUGAGAUGUGACGAGACAUUUGAAAAAAUGGUGAACACGCUCUUGGAGAGGUACCCCAGGCUGCAUAGCAUGGUGGUCCGCUGCUACCUCCUCAUCCAGCAGUACUCGGAGGCGCUGAUGGCUCUGACCACCGUGGCGUCCCUGCGCGACCACAGCACACCGGAGACCCUCAACAUCAUGGAUGACCUCCUCAGCUGCCCAGGGAAGAACCGCAGCGGGCGCGGACACAUGCUCAUCCUCAGGGUGCCCUCCGUGCAGCUGGCGAUGCUGGCCAAGGAGCGGCUGCAGGAGGUGCGGGACAAGCUGGGGCUCCAGUACCGCUUCGAGGUGGUCCUGGGGAACCCUGCCUCAGAACUCAGCGUGGCAGCCCACUUUGUGGCGCGACUAAAGACCUGGAGAGGAAAUGAAGCGGAAGAGUGGGUCCCUCGGACGUACCAGGAUCUAGAAGGUCUGCCUUGUAUUGUGAUAUUAACUGGCAAAGAUCCUCUUGGAGAAACCUUUCCCAGGUCUCUGAAGUACUGUGACCUCCGGUUAAUUGAUUCGAGCUACUUAACCCGCACGGCCUUAGAGCAGGAGAUGGGGCUGGCCUGCUGCUAUGUGUCCAAAGAGGUGAUCCGGGGGCCCACUGCUGCCCUGGACCUCAGCGGCAAGGAGCAGGAGCGAGCUGCGGCCAGCGAGAAUGACACCGAGGAGCUGCUGAUCGACCUGGAGAGACCCCAGAGUAACAGCAGCGCUGUCACGGGAACUUCAGAGGAGAGUUUAAUAACCCGCGAUGUACAAAGACGCGGGCAGAAUGGAGAGAAGGAGCAGGAGGCGGCGGGGUGGUCGGUUCCAGGGUGCCGGGAUUACCUGCGGGCUGAAGACGCGGGGAGGGUCGGGCGUGGGUCCAGGUUUCUCCUGGCCGCCCGGAGGAAACCGGGAAUAAAUGCCCAUUUCCGAGCCCACCCGGCAGUCAGGGCGGGGGUUGAGGGGGCGCCAGGGGACGGCGGGGAGAAGGGUCGCGAGGGGGGCGGCAGGGCGUCAGGGGCCGAGAUGCGGCCCGAAGCCCGAGCGCCGCCUGGAUGGACCCNGCUGUCUCGGAUCGGGGGGCGUCGAGGCCCCACUCAGAGAUGGACGGAGUCGUUGGAGAGCCCAGGUGUGGCAUUCUCUCCUCUUUUCCUCCCCCUCCCCGCUACAACUCAACACCCGCCCCAGGUGGGGAAGACGGGCUCCUACCUGCAGUUCCUGAGGCUCCUCUUCCGCAUGCUCAUCCGGCUCCUGGAAGUGGACGUCUAUGACGAGGCGGAGAUCAACACCGAUCACAGUGAAAGCAGUGAAGUGAGCCAGUCAGAAGGUGAACCCUGGCCUGACAUCGAGAGCUUCAGUAAAAUGCCCUUUGACGUCAGCGUGCACGACCCCAAGUACAGUUUGAUGAGCCUGGUAUAUACUGAGAAGCUGGCAGGGGUCAAACAAGAAGCGAUAAAGGAACCCAAAGCUGAGGAGCCCCGGAAACGAGAGACUAUGUCCAUGAUGCUGACCAAGUAUGCGGCCUACAACACCUUCCACCACUGUGAGCAGUGCCACCAGUACAUGGACUUCACCUCUGCCUCCCAGAUGUCCGACUCCACCCUCCACGCCUUCACGUUCUCGUCCUCCAUGCUGGGAGAAGAGGUGCAGCUCUACUUCAUCAUCCCCAAAUCCAAAGAGAGUCACUUUGUCUUCAGCAAGCAGGGCAAGCACCUGGAGAGCAUGCGGCUGCCCCUGGUCUCAGACAAGAAUUUGAACGUGGUCAAGAGCCCUAUCUUCACCCCCUCCAGCGGUCGCCACGAGCACGGACUUCUGAACCUCUUUCACGCCAUGGAGGGCAUCAGCCACUUGCACCUGCUGGUGGUCAAAGAGUAUGAGAUGCCGCUGUACCGCAAAUACUGGCCCAACCACAUCAUGCUGGUGCUUCCUGGCAUGUUCAAUAAUGCAGGCGUGGGUGCUGCCAGGUUCCUCAUUAAGGAGCUGUCGUAUCACAACCUGGAGCUGGAGAGAAAUCGCCUGGAAGAGCUGGGAGUUAAACGCCAGUGUGUCUGGCCUUUCAUCGUCGUGAUGGAUGACUCGUGUGUGCUGUGGAACAUUCACAGCGUCCAGGAGCAGACCAGCCAGCCCUUGGAAACAGGAGUUUCCAGUAAGAAUGUGUCCUUGAAGAGUGUCUUGCAGCACAUGGAGGCGACACCGAAAAUCGUGCACUACGCAAUCCUGGGCAUCCAGAAGUGGAGCAGCAGGCUGACUUCUCGGAGCCUCAAGGUCCCGUUCUCUAGGUGCCACGUGCACGACUUCAUCCUCCUCAACAUAGACCUGACUCAGAACGUGCAGUAUGACUUCAACAGGUACUUCUGUGAAGAUGUUGACUUUAACCUGAGAACGAACAGCAGUGGACUGCUCAUCUGUCGCUUUAACAACUUCAGUCUCAUGAAGAAACAUGUGCAAGUUGGUGGGCAGAGGGACUUUAUCAUUAAACCAAAGAUCAUGGUGUCAGAGAGCGUGGCGCCCAUCCUGCCCCUACAGUACGUCUGUGCUCCCGACAGUGAGCACACCCUUCUGGCAGCCCCUGCACAGUUCCUCCUGGAGAAGUUCCUGCAGCAUGCCUCCUACAAACUCUUCCCCAAAGCUAUCCGUAAUUUUCGGAGCCCCGUGCUGGCCAUCGACUGCUACCUUAACAUUGGACCAGAGGUGGCCGUAUGCUACAUCAGCUCCAGACCCCACUCCAGCAACGUCAACUGUGAAGGGGUGUGCUUCGGUGGACUCCUCUUGUACCUCUGUGACUCUUUUGUAGGUGCUGAUCUUCUUAAGAAAUUUAAGUUUCUCAAAGGUGCUACCCUAUGUGUCGUCUGCCAAGACAGAAGCUCCUUGCGCCAGACAAUUGUCCGCCUGGAGCUGGAGGACGAGUGGCAGUUCCGUCUCCGGGACGAGUUCCAGACCGCCAACAGCAGCGACGACAAGCCGCUCUACUUUCUCACCGGACGUCACGUAUGACCUUUUGAAGAGACCAAAACUAGCAGAGGGAUGCCUAGAUGGGGUGGGGCAGAAAUAAUUAUUGAGGAUUUUAUUUUUUCCUUUAAAGUACAAUCACUGUGGAGCAAAGUGCAACAUGUAUUUGUCUGUUCUCCAAAGAAACCCCCCACCCCCAAAUCUGACCCAGAUCUCUGGGGGGCAUCACUUUCCUUCACUUCCAGUUUCAGGACCUUAAAAUUCAGGUUAACUUCACCCUAGGUAGUUAUGCAAUUAACUCAAGAUGUGGUCUGCCCACGGGAGCCUGAGGAGGAAAUACUUUGGAGAAACCGCAUGGACGCUGCGUUGUUUUUUUCUACUAUGCUCUGUGAGGGGGAAAACUGACUCUUGGCGUUAGCUAGCCUGAAUGUGUUAUGUGAAGACUCACGCCAUUGGUGUGGAAUUAAUUGAAGAUUAACGUUUGAGGCCUGAGCCCUCAGUUUCUCUUCAGAUCUGUACUUUGGUACAGUAUUACUCAGGGGUCUGAAAUGAUAGAAUGUAGAAGAUAUUUGUAUUUAAAAAAAAAAGUAGCCUUGUCUUUCUCUGUGCAGUGUUAGUUUAUGAUUUAUAAUCUUGUAUGUAUUGAAACUUUUGGCAAAAUUUCCACAGGAGUUGAAAGUUUACUAUUUAAACUGAACAAACACAUUAGUAAAUGCAGAGCAGGCAUUGUGUGUAUUUAUGCAGCUUCUCCUGGCUUAAGUUCUUUUGCUUUAUCCAUUCUUUAAAAAUGUUUCCAGUCUCUUAAGCACAUCAUGCCUGUGAGAAUAUGAACAGUGAUUAAUCUUGUACAAGGAAAACCUGAUUCAAAAGUUGAGCCAAUUAAGAAGGUUUCAGCAGUCACCCCACACCCACUCCAUUGGGUUGGAAUUAAGCAGUUGGCACCAGCAAAGCUAAAUGUCAGGCAGGCUAAGCUUCUAUGUGGAGUGGAACUAGUUUGUUUCCUUUCAAAGACUAAAGCAGAGUUUCCUUUCAAAGAUACACUGAAUGAGCUGCCUUAUACUGACAAUACCACAGAAACUGCUGUAAUGGGAAACAGAGCCAUAGAGAGAAAGAGGCUGUUUUACUUAAUUCUACCAGUGAGUGGGUGAGUGAGUGUGCGUGCGUGUGCGUGUGUGUGUGUGCAGUAAAGAAGAAUUCCAUUUAAGUCUUUUUGACUCAAAAAUCAGCAGGGGAUCUUUGUUCAGUAUCAACAGUAGGAGGCAUAAAUUUAUACAGACUUUUUUACCACAUAUUUUAAUCAAAAACGGAUUUCUAUAAAAUGUUCUAGAACAUACUAAGUUUAUUGGAAGUUAAUUCUUCCGAAUUACUUCAGUUCUCAUUGAUGGCUUGACAUUUUUCUUAUUAGCCCAUAUAUCACUUUCACUUUAUCUCCACUUUACACAGCCAUUUUUACUUGAAUAGAUGUUUUGUUUAUGGCCUGAAACUACCGAGAGGGGCCUGCUAAGUCUGCAUUCACUCAGAACAAAUAGUGUUACCUGACCAGCUUUACUAGUUUGUGAUACAGAGUUUACAGAGAGUGAAAAGAUGGAAUGUACUAAUCUGAAAAUGAUUUCAGAUCUCUUGGUUUUAAUAGCUAUUUUUGUUUUAUAUGUAUCUUAAAAUGAACAAUUCCUUUUAAAAAUUCCAUUUUUAAUUGAUCUUUAAAGAGGACCUGCCUUAUAUAUGCUUUAAAAAUACUUGUUAAUUUUAGUACAGCAGAACUGGCAAAGAGGUAUGUUCCGAAGCAGGCUGAUUUAGAUAUGAAUGUAUUUCACUUGUUUUAUUGAAGGGCCUACUGCAGAUGAUAUCAAGAAACCCACUGUUUGUGCAAUAUUCCAAUAUUUACUAUAUAGGGCAAAUAAAAUACUUGAAAUAAUCCUAAAACAGCUGUUCCUGGGGCAGAUGGCCUCUCAGGGUUUCUUCUGGCUUUAUGGCUUCAGUCUAAGGAAAAAGUUUUUAAGUCCUUAUUUGAGCUGUGGAGACUCCAUAUUUGUUAGGAUUAUACUCUGAAAAAAAUCAGAUGAUUAUGAUCUCUUAAAUGCUGUUUAACUCUGUGGAAGAGAAAUGCCAGAAUAAAGCCAAAAGAUCAUCACCCUGAUGAUGGAGAUUUUAAACUGACCUGCCUAUUCUUUUCAGUGUCUGUCUUACUAAGGCUUGGAUCUUUUAAAAUCACCUUAUCAGUAUAAUUCUUUAGAGAAUGUUAGGUCAUUCUCCUUUAAGGAUAAAAUUGCACAAGCACAGAACACCAUGAUUUGGUUAAUACAACCCCUGGUGUGUUCCACUUUGAGCCUCGCCAGCCCUUAGAAUAUCGUGGUGUGAAUGUGUUCACUUGGCCUGCAGAAUAACUGACCUAUAGACCUGUUAAACCCUGCCAUGUGUGAGGGUUCACACAGGUUAAUACUGAAUGUAAACUUACAAUGAGAAUUGCUAUAUUCAAUUUUUUGGGCUGUAAUUUAUGCAAUUGCUUCUUGUGAUUUUUAGAAAAGGAGGCACCUGUGUUACUUUAUUACUGUAAAGUUUCUUAACCAAAAUUUGGUUAAUUUCACUAGUCAGUCUACCUCACAUUUUGUUUAUGAUUCUAAAUUGUCUUAAGUUGCGUCGACAGUAUGUUCUUGUCCUUUCAUUUAAUUUGGUGAAUGUAUUAAAUUCUCCCCCACCCCCUAAAAA